GAUACAGAAAAACCUAGUACUAUAUCAUCUUCUCGAAAACCCUAAUACUCACUCGACAUCACGCACAAUUAGCCUCACUCUUCGCCCCUGGUCAGCUGCUUCCUCAAAUCGUCGAAAAUGCCGUUCAAGAGGUUCGUGGAAAUCGGAAGAGUCGCCCUUGUCAACUACGGGGAGGACUAUGGGAAUCUCGUUGUUAUCGUCGAUGUCAUUGACCAAAAUAGGGCGCUUGUUGAUGCUCCUGGCAUGGUGAGGAGCCAGAUUAACUUUAAGAGGCUUUCACUCACAGAUAUCAAAAUUGACAUCAAAAGGAUUCCAAAGAAGAAGACCCUCGUUGCUGCUAUGGAGGCUGCUGACGUGAAGAGCAAAUGGGAGAGCAGUUCCUGGGGAAGAAAGUUGAUAGUUCAGAAGAGGAGGGCAUCGCUUAAUGAUUUUGACAGGUUCAAGCUCAUGCUGGCAAAGAUAAAGAAGGCUGGAGUUGUAAGGCAGGAGCUUGCUAAGCUUAAGAAGGAGGCUGCUUAGGAACUCUUUGAUUAGUGAGAUUUGUAUGAUAGGAGUUUUGAAAGUUGUUUGUGUUUUGCUUUUAGAUUUUGGUUCAUUACUGGUAAGUCUUUUGGUUUUAUUUGAAUUAUGAUGGUGAACAUCCUCUUCCCAAAGUUUCAAGGAUUACCUUCGCAGACACUUUCAUAUUGUCACUCAGUAUGUUUUGGUUUCAUGCUAGUGAUCUCACUCGAGUGAUGAAUCAUUUUAGGUAAUGAGAAUUUGCUCAAAAAUUUUAUUA